AUGUUUUCCAGGCCCCCCAAUACUCUCUCCAGGGCUUAUCUUCUGAAAUUGCUCCUCUCCAUUCUACCAAGAUUCUGGACCCAGGAGAAUCUGGGGGAGAGAGGAGGCAAACUGAUCCAUGAGGGCCAGUCUGUGACCCUGACCUGUACAGCUUCUGGGCUUCGCUUUAAAGACUUUGCCAUGUCCUGGCAUCGGAGCUCAUUUGGAGGCUCAAAGGAGUUUGUGGCUAGUAUUAGUGCUGGAAGAGGCAAUAACAAGGAGGUCAAGGAGAAGAUGAAGGGUAGGGCUUUCAUUAUGAGGAAAAAUGAGGCCAAUACCGUCUCACUGAUCAUGCACCAGUUAAAGAAGGAGGACUCGGGCACCUACUAUUUUCAAUGGAAAAAUUUUGGUCAUGGAACAGAAGUGAAUGUACUCCCACGAGAUGAGACACAGCUGGAGGCAUCAGGAGGAGGCUCACAUCCAGCUGGAAAGACCCUGAGUCUCCAGUGCCAAAUAUCUGGCUUCCUGUUUAAUACAAGCCAACUAAGCUGGUAUCUUUGGGUUCUUGGAGGUGCCCUACUGUGGCUGAUCAGUCUUGAUCAUCGAUUUUCAAAAGUCAGUGGGGACCACAUCACUUCCAGAACAGAGGACACCAACAGCCAGAUUUUUCACCAGAUCAAGAACCUUAGCCUUAGAGACUCUGGCUACUAUCAUUGUGCAAGGAGGAUGGGUUAUGGAGAUGACACAGACAAGUUGAUCUUUGGUUCUGGGACAGAUGUGACUGUGGAACCCGGACCUCGGGACCCUUUGUCACCCAGUGUGUUUGUGGUGAGGAGUCAGGAUGCUGUGGCCUGCCUGGUCAGUGACUUUUACCCCAAGGAGAUUGAUGCAUCCCUGUCCUCCCUUGGGGCUUCAGUCUCAGCCCAGGCCCUCACGGUGGCUCCCACAAUCCAUGGUGUCUACAGUGCCAUCCAGAUUGGCAAGGCUGGUGACAAUGACUCAGUAACCUGUUCAGUGAAGCACCUUGGCAAAGAGACCCAUGAGUCCCACCAGCCAGAUACUGGGAUCAUUCCUCAGCUGGAAUCAUCCUGCUCUGACCAGGAACUCACAGGUGGGUUAAAGGUUAAAGAUGAAAGGACAGAGAUAAUGAUAUUGGACUUAAGCCACAUGAUCAGAAGUGAGAUUAUUUGAUCCAAUCUGAGUCUCCUUAUCUCCUAUUCUGAUAAUGUGUCACCACAGAGUUCCUCAUGAUCAUGACCCACACAGAGCAUGAUACAAAUGGCCUAGGUUAAGGGUAUUGGUGA